AUGUCAGACAAGCUAUUAUCUGGAGGUGCCAGUAAAAAUCCAAUAACUGCAAAACAAACUAAACCAAAAAUUCCAACACAGAGACCAAUAAUUAAAUUAAUGUUUAAUGAAUUAGAGACAUCUAAAUUGGAGCUCUUAGAA